UUUCCUUUUGCUCAGGACCAGAAGGUGUGAAACACUUUGAUUUGGGAGAAACAGAUGAGAAAAAAUCACAAAUCAGUGCAGACAGUGGCGUCAGUUUGGCCUCAGGUUCUCAGAAGAGCGAUUUGGACUCUGUUCCCAGUGGAGGACCAGCAGUAAUGGUCCGAAGCACAAGCCAGGAUUCUGAAGUUAGCACAGUGGUUAGUAACAGCUCUGGAGAGACGUUAGGGGCAGACAGUGACUUAAGCAGCAAUGCUGGUGAUGGCCCGGGUGUGGAAAAUGGUGGCAAUCUGACAGGGUCGAGGGGUACUGUGUCAGACAGCGAAAUUGAGACAAACUCUGCUACGAGCUCUAUCUUUGCAAAGUCUCAUAAUCUGAAGCAGAGCACAAAGGAUAACAAAGGCAGUUCUCCAGGGAGAGGCCCAGAGGAUGGGAACCAGCGGGUCUAUCUCUAUGAAGGGCUUUUGGGUAGGGAUAAAGGAUCUGUCUGGGACCAAUUAGAGGAUGCUGCAAUGGAAACCUUCUCUAUGAGCAAAGAGCGCUCAACUUUGUGGGAUCAGAUGCAGUUCUGGGAAGAUGCCUUUUUGGAUGCUGUGAUGUUAGAGAGAGAAGGAAUGGGGAUGGACCAGGGACCCCAGGAGAUGAUUGACAGGUAUCUUUCCCUGGGAGAACACGAUCGAAAGCGUUUGGAGGAUGAUGAGGACCGCUUGUUGGCUACACUGUUGCAUAAUAUGAUUGCCUAUAUGCUUAUGAUCAAGGUGAACAAGAAUGAUAUUAGGAAAAAGGUACGUCGUCUGAUGGGAAAAUCACAUAUUGGAUUGGUGCACAGCCAGCAAAUAAAUGAUAUUCUAGAUAAGCUUGCCAAUCUGAGUGGCCGGGAGCUCUCUGUGAGACCCAGUGGCAGCCGCCACAUCAAGAAGCAGACUUUUGUAGUCCAUGCUGGGACAGACACAACAGGAGACAUAUUCUUCAUGGAAGUGUGUGACGACUGCAUUGUCCUCAGAAGUAACAUUGGAACUGUGUAUGAACGGUGGUGGUAUGAGAAACUCAUCAACAUGACUUACUGUCCCAAAACAAAAGUGCUGUGCCUCUGGAGGAGGAACGGCCAAGAGACACAACUGAACAAGUUCUACACCAAGAAGUGUCGGGAAUUAUACUACUGUGUAAAAGACAGUAUGGAGCGAGCAGCAGCAAGACAGCAAAGCAUUAAACCAGGCCCUGAGCUGGGUGGUGAGUUCCCUGUGCAAGAUAUGAAAACUGGUGAAGGAGGUCUUCUGCAGGUCACACUGGAAGGAAUUAACUUGAAAUUUAUGCACAGUCAGGAGCGGAAGGUUUUCAUAGAGCUGAAUCACAUUAAAAAGUGCAAUACUGUGCGAGGAGUCUUUGUCCUGGAGGAAUUUGUUCCUGAAACUAAAGAAGUGGUGAGCCACAAGUACAAGACGCCAAUGGCUCACGAGAUCUGCUACUCCGUGCUGUGUCUCUUCUCUUAUGUGGCUGCCAUACGUGGGAAAGAGGCAGAAAACAAAAGCAAACCACCUCGUCCAGUUUCCAGUUGAUCACAGUGUUUGCAGAAUAUCUACCCUCUGGCACAUUGGCGUGCACUACUCCCAUUUUUAUUCCUUUUCCUAGAUCUCACUCUACAGUCUUCUGUAAAAACUUGACUAUUUAUGUAUGAUCCUGCAAGUCUUGCCUCGUAGGAAAAUCUAAGACAUCACUGCUCAGUCUCCUUCUGAAUUCAUCUUAAUGGAAUUUUUAUGUGAGCUGUUAAUGGGACACAUGUGAGCAUCAGCAUCCAGCUAUGGGUGACUUAUUCUGACUGUUCCAAGGAAUCCUGU